ACAUAUAAAAGGAUUAACUGGGCUGCUUACGGAAAACCUUUGGAAACUCGUUUCAUCAGGACCUAGCAAAGAACUCUGAGAAAGAGUAUUAUUAGAGCAACAACAAACAACCCAGUUCCCUUUCACCUCUCUCUCUCUCUCUCCAUGGACUACCAUCUGAAGCAAUGGAAACCCCAGCACGAGUCAGAUCAGUUUCCUUCUGCAAAGACACCAAAACUCUUUGAAGCCCAUCGAGAGCCAUCUGGGUCUGCUCUACCAUUGUUUGUACCUGAGCCCAACAGCAGGAUCAGCAACCUGUCAGUCUUUCCUGAUUCAACUACAACAACCAGAGUUCCUAGAAUGGGGAGUUUUUUCAGCUUGGAUCAGUGGCGUGAGCUUGAACUUCAAGCUUUGAUCUUCAAGUAUUUACUGGCUGGAGCUGCUGUUCCUCCUGAACUUCUUUAUCCCAUCAAGAAAAGCCUUCUGGGUAGUUCUGGAUGUUAUAUUCAUCAUCAGUGUGAGCAUAAUCAACCAUCGGUGAUGCAAUCAGGAUACUGGGGGAGAAGUGGGGUAGACCCGGAGCCCGGAAGAUGCAGGAGAACAGAUGGGAAGAAGUGGAGGUGCUCGAGAGACGUGGUGGCUGGCCACAAGUACUGCGAGCGCCACCUGAACCGAGGCAGAAACCGUUCAAGAAAGCCUGUGGAAAUCCCCACUUCCACCUCUACCGUGGUUGCUGGUAGUGUCCUGAAUCCCACCCAGAUUACUGCGUCAUCCUUAACUGCGGUGGCUAGUGGAUCCCCUUUUUCCCUUUGUAGCUCCUCAUCUUCCCUCGAUCUUCUUCAUCUCAACCAUAGAUCCUUUGAGGGUAAAGCUAGAAAUGGUGGAGAUCUUGGGAUUGAGAGCAGCGGUGUUUCAAUGGGAGAGGGGAGGCCAGUGGGUCGAGGGGUACUUCGUCACUUCUUCGAUGACUGGCCAAGAAUGCAUCAUCAACAUCAUGAUCAUCAUAAUGGAGAGCCCAAUACCACUACUUGCUUAUCCAUAUCAGUUUCUGGAAAUGGGAAUGCUUCUGCUGCAUCUUCACCUUCACCUUCAUCUGAUUUCUCUUUGAAGUUGUCGACAGGGAAUGGAGAUUAUGAGGCAGAGGAAGGUUCUGAACAUGUUAGAUUUGCAGGAGAGCGGCAUCAGCAGCAGCAAUUAGUGAAUAAUUACAACAGCAAUUGGUCGUCGAUGGGAUGGGGAAGUCACCCAGUGGUUUCAAUGGGUGGUGGUCCGCUUGCUGAGGCGCUUCGAUCAUCGACUUCCCAUUGUUCCCCUACCAGUGUUCUGCUGGAGCUGCCUCGUGGUGCUGCGUCCGAGGCCAGUAGCGUUAGCACCUGAAUUAACUCUCUCUACAGAAUCGAGUCUCUUCAGAGACACAUUAGUUUUUUAUUCCAAUACUGCAAAUGUGUUUUUUGUUAAGCACUCCAUAUGAAUAUAACUGUGUUUCCCUUUUCACCACCGUUAAAUCGGAUCGACCGAUUUCAUCUGUUUUGAAUCAGAAUAUUUCUUUCCCUGA